CGGAACGGAAUAUUAUCGAAGAAAACACAACCCCUAUAACUUUUCUCCAUUUUUUUUUAGCCUUUAAGUUUAUCGACCUCAUCCAAAUUUUGUAAGAAGUUCUCUGACUGCACGAGAACCAGAACUUUCAACCAAACACACACAUGCCACCAUAUUGCCCUCACCAUCACAUACUCCACUGCAACAUGAUUAACUGUCUCAGAUUCAACCCCACAAAUUAUACAACUUACAUCGACCAAAUCAAUACCUCGACGCCUAAGGGCAUCCGCAGUCGGGAUGCAUCCAAGACACAACUUCCAAACGAAAAAUGAAACCUUUUUAGAGACCCACUUGUUCCACUUGAAGAACCCCCCUACUUCAACCUUGUCACCGAUUUUUUCGCAAAUCUCUUCCCUAAAUUUUGAGGCCAAGAAAGUUGGUUUGAUUCCCUCUCCAAGCCCAUACUUCUCGCAUUCCGACCCUAACUUUCUUGAUAUCCUUAUUUAUGGACAUAAUGUCUUUUUAGAUUCCGGGUUCAUUUAAACUACAAGGAACCCGUCCUGACAAGUUGGUCUAGUGGUUAGUCACUUGGUUUCUCUCUUUGAAGUCUUAAGUUCAAUUCCCACUAGCAUCACUUUGAAGGAUAUUAGAGGUGGCAAUGAAGUUUCGCCAGUUCGAAACCGAGCCGAACCGGGGUUUACCGCAGUGGGCCUUCGGGCGGCAGGUUCCCUGGAACUGGUGGCUUGGUGGCUCGGGUAUGCAUCCAACUCUGACCUUAUGGAGAAGGGGAUGCAUUUGUUCGAUUGAGGGUAUCCCAGGAUGCUUAUCCAGUGAUUUAGUUGAUCGUUCAAAAAAAAAAAAACUAUAAGGAACCCCAUGCGUGACCUCCCCAUUUCUGUGGAUCGCUCUAAUGGUCGAAACACCGCACUGGGCCUACGGGCGACGGGUUUUCCCCGAACUGGUGGCUUGGUGGCUCGGGUAUGCAUCCAACUCUGACCUUAUGGAGGAGGAGGGGAUGCAUUUGCUCGAUUGAGGGCAUCCCAGGAUGCUCAUCCGAUGAUUUAGUUGGCCGUUGAAAAAGUUCUUCAAAAUCAUCAAAACGUGGUAAACUUGGUUCAAUUCAUGUGAACCAUUAUGAAUCAAAGAGAGAUGAUAUAGAUGUAUGUCUCAACCCACAGCGCAUAGGCCUAAUAACUUUUACUAAUAUAGUUUAAAGCAGUUUUAAAUAAUAAAUAUAAUCAAGAGUUUCCCUCCAAUAUCUGAUCAUUUCCACAACGAAAUUAUGACGAUCGAACUGUGCUCUGAUGUGCGAAUCCGGGUGCUAGAUUUCUUCAUCCAAUCUGCUCAACAACUCCAAGUUCCUCCAAUCGUAAAGUACACUGCAUUCUCCUUCUUUGCUGAACGAUUUUGCCCUAUCAUCUGCAGAUCCUUACAGGGUAUUACAAGACACUGGCUUUUACAACCAGUAACAGAAAGCAAUCUUCAGCUGUUUGCUCUUAUUGCAAUAUGGAUUUCAAGCAAAAUACACGAUUCUCGGCCCUUAACCGUUAAGAAGUUGAAAAUUCUGGCAGACAAGAUAAUACACGAGCAGCAUUAUACAACUAGAGAUUUCGCAGAAGCUGAGGUGAUUUUCAUGCAGGUAUUGAAUUUUGAGAUCGGUACAUCAGAUAUCGUCUUCAGGUUCCUUGAAGAUCUACUUAUUCAGUUGAAAGAAGUUGCAACAAUUGGGGAUCAUAUGAAUCUUGAAGUAUGCAUGGACAUUAUGGAUCUUCUUUACGAAAAAGAGGAAACAACAACGCUAUAUACUUCUUCCCAUUCUUUGGCUGCAUCAAUCCUGGUUGCCUCGUAUGUGAUUAUGGUUCCUAAACAAAGAUGGGAGUUUCCUGUUAUUCCUUGGGUGAAAUAUGGGAUGGCAUGCACAGACGAAGAGAUCAUACAAGUUGUUACAUACAUACUCAAACAUGUGUUACAACCAUCUUCGUGUUAGAGAUGUUUUCUUAGACAAGGAUCUUUCUAGAAUUAGAAAGUGUUCGGCAACCUUUGUCCCAUUAAGUGUUAAAUCAAUAAGAGGUUUUACUGGGUAGGAGACUCUUAACCCGUAAGUGUUGAGCUAAUAAAUGUCGUAUAAUUGAAUCUCUGAA